AUGGGGUCGAUUCCUGAUCCAGGCGAGGUCACCGCCGACCUAACUCCUCCGCCGCCGAGCUUUGACGACUUCCAGCGGCAGACUUCUCUCAUGACCAGCUGCACUCUCCUCUGGAAGGAGCUCUCCGACCAUUUCACUACUCUCGAGCAAAACCUCCAGAAGACGUCUGAUGCCCUGAAGCGCAAAAUCCAGGCCCUCGACACCGAGACCAAGGACUCCCUGGCUUCUCUCAAGAAGCGGGAGGUCACAAUCGACGGCAGCGUCGAGAUCGCCCUCGAGCGACUCGACGACCGCUGCGAGGCUGCUCUCAGGUCAAUUGACUCCGAUCUCGGCGAGGUCGACGACGGCGACGGGCUUCUCCUUGCUUUGAAGACGUUCUGCUUGAAGAUGAGCUCCAGGGAGUUCUGGAGGUUCGUGAUCACCAAGAAGAAGGAGCUGGACGCGUUGAGGAGCCAGAUUCCGUUGGCUCUGGGUGAGUGCGUGGAUCCUCCUAGAAGAGGGGAGAGGAGCGAGAAAGGGAAUGAUUUGGGAUGGGCUUGUGUUGUGAUUCUCGAGAGCUUGAUUCCGGUGGUCAUGGACCCUGUGAUUGGGAAGUCGAGACUGAUGGUUACACCGAUGGUGAAGAAGAGGGCUAGCGAGAUUGCGGAGACGUGGAAGAGGAGCUUGGAGGAGCGCGGCGGGAUUGAGAAUGUUAAGACGCCCGAUGUUCAUACUUUCUUGCAGCAUUUGGUCACUUUUGGGAUUGUGAGGAAGGAGGACUUUGAUUUGUACAGGAAGCUUGUGGUUGGGUCCGCUUGGCGCAAGCAGAUGCCAAAGCUUGCUGUCUCUCUUGGCUUGGGUGGUGAAAUGCCUGAUAUGAUCAAAGAACUUAUUGGUAGGGGUCAGCGACUCGAUGCAGUGCAUUUUACUUACGAGCAACUUGCUGUGAGGAAAGAACAGUCAGCACUCCGUGCUGUCAUCAAGUGCAUCGAGGAAUACAAUCUAGAAGCCGAGUUCCCACCAGAGAACCUCAAGAAAAGCCUGGAACAGCUGAAGAAGGUGAAGACAGAGAAGAAGAAGCCAGUUCCAGCUGCCAUCCCUGCCAACAAGAGAACUCGUGCUAGCACCGCCGGUCCGAUGCCACCAGCCAAGGCCGGGCGUCUGACCAAUGCCUACGUAUCAUCUUUCUCCUCGUAGCCACCAACAUUUGUUAGGUCGCCUUCUCACUACCCGCAGUACCCAGCUGCUGGCAUCCCAGCAUACGCAUCUCCGCCGCCACCACCAACCGUCUAUGGCACUCCGAGCCCACAAUCCCCGUACGCUGCGUAUUCCCCUGAAGCAGUCCACCACCCGAUUCCCGGAUCAUAUACAUUGAAUUAUGCGCCACCACUGGCAGCAUAUGGAGGAUACCCGAGUGGGUUCGCUCCAGCUUAUCAUCAGCAGGCUUACUACUGAAUAGACAUCAUCAUCAUGACUAGGUCUGUCAUUGAAGAAGAUAGUAACCCACUGAUAAUAUGAUGACUACUUCCACUCUCCAGCACUGCCCGUUCUGCAAUCCCGCUUAUUUCCUUCUUUUCUUUCGGUCCUUUCUUCUUCCUGCUAAACCUGGAUGGUUUGUGUGUAAUAGCUAACUGUUUUAGUCUUAGCUAUCAGCCCCUCCCUUCCCCUGGUGUGUGUUUUAAUACAAAUGUCGCCUCUGGUGCACUUCUUACUUUUCUCCCAUGGCGACAAGCUAUAUUUCUAAUGAAACUCUAGCUUUAGGUUUAUUGUGCAUAGUAAUCUUCCACCUUCUUAAUUCUGCAUCCAUCUCUUCAUCUCUCUGUUUUCUCAUGUCUGCUGGGACUCCAUUGGGAGGCAAAAGUGAAUGUAAUGUAAAGUCUGCAACAGAGAAAGCAUGUGGCUAGGGCUGGCUGGCCGGCUGGUUGGCAGCUUUAGCAUGGUGGUUAAUGC